AUGUAUACUUCUAUCCUGCGGCACCCGUCUCCAUAUAUUCCCAAUCCACUGGCUCUUCCAAAUACCCCAAUGCCUGCAGGUCCCGCGAUAAGAUCAGAGCCGCACCCAGCACAAAUUUCCCCACCAGCAGCACCACCCGGGCCCACCACCACCACCACCACCACCACCACGGCGCCCAUGAACAGAAUCAAUCUCUCCCUCCUCAAACCCGGCGCGCUGAAGGGCAGUCUCAAGCUGCCCAAGAGCACACUCAGCAUCCGCCCCGCCGCGCGCCACACGGCACUCUCACACACACUCCUGGCCCGCUGCUCGGAGGAGCUGUAUCAAUGGCAGAGUAAAGCGCUCCCCGCCGAAAACUCAUUCAUCCUCCACGACGGCCCGCCCUACGCAAAUGGCGACCUGCACCUCGGCCACGCGCUCAACAAGAUCCUAAAAGACAUCAUCGGGCGGUACCAGAUCCUCUCCGGCCGGCGCCUCUGCUACAUCCCCGGCUGGGACUGCCACGGGCUCCCCAUCGAGCUCAAAGCACUCCAGAGCCUCUCCUCCUCCACCACCCACCCCACCCCCGCCACCAACCCGGAAAACAGCAAAAAGAAGCAUUCCAAAAAGGAAAAGGCCAAAGAAGCCACCGCCGCCGAGGCCGCCGAAAGCGGCAAAUCCAUGCCCCCCGUAGAGCUGCGCCGCCUCGCAGCCUCCCUCGCGCGCACGACGGUCGAGGCACAGAAGGAGGGCUUCAAGAGCUGGGGCGUCAUGGGCGACUGGGAGCACGCGUACCGCACGCUCGAUCUCGACUACGAGGUUGAGCAGCUGCGCGUGUUCAGGGACAUGCUGCACAAGGGGCUGAUCUACCGCCGGUUCAAGCCCGUGUGGUGGAGCCCGUCGUCGGGGACGGCGCUGGCCGAGGCCGAGCUCGAGUAUGAUGAGCGGUAUGCGAGCACGGCGGCGUUUGUGCGCUUUCCGAUGGCGGAGACGGGGCUGGCGGCGGAGUUCCCGGGGCUGGCGGCAGCGAUAUGGACGACGACGCCGUGGACGGUGCCGGCGAACCGCGCGAUUGCGGUGGGCGCGGGGAUGGAGUACUGUGUGGUGAAGAACUCGCAGCAUGGGUAUCUCCUCGCCGCGACCGCGCGCGCAGAGACAUUCAUGAGCUUCCUCGAGGGCGACACGGAGGUCGUCAAGGCUGGCAUUCUGGGCGAGGAGCUGGCGGGGAUGAAGUACACGCACCCGCUGCUCAAGGACUCGCCGCAGCAGCAGCAGCAGCAGCCUAUUAUUACCGCCGACUUUGUCACCGCCGACUCCGGCACAGGCCUCGUCCACUGCGCGCCGGGCCACGGCGCAGACGACUACCUCGUAUGCCUCAAGCACGGCAUCGCGCCAUUCUCACCCGUCGACGCCAACGGGCGAUACAGCGACGACGCGCGCGCCUUUGGCGAGCACCUGCACGGCCUGCACGUCAUCAGCGAGGGCACCCCGGCGAUCAUUGAUCUCCUCAGUGCGCGGGGCGGGCUCCUCGCCGUGCAGGACAAGUACCGCCACAAGUACCCACUCGACUGGCGCACGAAGCAGCCCGUCAUCGUGCGUGCGACGGCACAGUGGUUCGCCGACGUCGACGGCAUCAAGGCGCCUGCCGUCGACUCGCUGGCCGCCGUGCGGUUCGUGCCCGAGACGGGCCGCUCACGGCUCACGGCGUUUGUGCAGGGGCGGUCGGAGUGGUGCAUUUCGCGGCAGCGGGCGUGGGGGGUGCCGAUCCCGGCGCUGUAUGAUGAGGAGAGCGGGGAGCCGCUGUUGACGGUCGACAGCGUCGACCAUGUCAUCUCCGUGAUCCAGCAGCGCGGCACCGACGCCUGGUGGGGCGACGCGGCGGACGACGCCGCCUGGGUGCCGGAGGCGAACAGGGGCGAUGGGAGGAGCUACGUGCGCGGGGCGGAGACGAUGGAUGUGUGGUUCGACAGCGGGACCAGCUGGGCGGCGCUGAAGGCGCGGAUUGGGGAGCGAGCGGGGGGUCGGCCGCUGGCGGACUUGGUGCUCGAGGGGUCGGACCAGCACCGGGGGUGGUUCCAGAGCUCGCUGCUGACGUCUGUGGCGUGCCGCGGGGUGCAGCCGUAUGGCGUGGUGCUGACGCAUGGGUUCUGCAUGGAUGCAAGGGGGAAGAAGAUGUCCAAGUCGCUGGGGAAUGUGGUGGCGCCCGCGGAUAUCAUUGAGGGGCGCAUCCCGAAGGCGAAGGCGCUGAGCGGCGGCGUGGAUGCGCUGCGGUUGUGGGUGGCGUGCGCGGAUUAUACGAAGGAUGUGGUGGUGGGAGAGGGCGUGCUGGUGCAUGUGCAUGAGGCGCUGAGGAAGAGUAGGGUCACGGCGAGGUUUUUGUGUGGGAAUCUGGAGGGGUGGGAUGGUGAGGAGGUGGAGUAUGAGGAGUUGACGAAGAUCGAUAAGUAUGCCCUGGCGCAGCUCUACAGAGUCAACAAGGCCACCCAAGACGCAUACAGCAAUUACCAGUUCAACAAAGCCGUCAAUGCAAUCACAAACUACACAACCCUCGACCUCUCCGCCUUCUACCUAGACGUGAUCAAGGACCGCAUCUACUCCGACCCCGCCCACUCGCUGAGCCGGCGCAGCGCACAGACGGUCAUGCACCACAUCCUGCGCAACUACGUGUCGAUGCUGGCGCCCAUCGUGCCACUGCUGACGGAGGAGGUGUGGGCGCACACGCCCGCGGCCGUCACGCGCGGCGCCGUGAGCCCGUCGAGGCUGGGCUGGUAUCGGCCUGAUGAGAGGUGGAAUGAUGGCGAGCUGGUGGCGCACUUUGCGCUGCUGGAGGAGGUGCAUGCGGUUGUGAGGGUGGGGAUUGAGAGGGCGAGGACGGCGCAGAAUCUGAAAGUCAACCUCGAGUCUUCGGUCGUGAUAGUUGCCCCCGAAGGCACCAAAGCCCGCCCCAUCAUCGAGAAAUACCUCGACGAGCUCGCCAGCCUCUUCAUCGUCUCCGGCGUCUCAGUGUCCAACACCGUCCCGCAAGACGAGGCCACCGCGAGAUGGAGCUACGCCGAGGGGGUAACGCUGCUGGGCGAGGCCUGCCACGUGGUGGUGAGGCCGGCGGGGGGCCACAAGUGUACCCGCUGCUGGGUCUACGCCGCCGAGGAGGAGGAGGGCAUCUGUGCGCGCUGCGAGGACACGCUGAGGAGUUAUCCGAGGGAGGAGUAUGAGGCGCUUUUUGCUUGA